GCUCUUUAUGCACCCAUGGAUGAGCCAGCAGAAACGAUGGAGGCGCCGGAGACCCUUCGCCGAUUCAACGAUCCCAUCCAUGACUACAUUCCUUUCAGCUCGCUAGUUUGCACAUUCAUAGACACCGGACAUUUCCAAAGGCUGAGAUACAUCAAGCAACUCGGUGUAUCCUACUAUGUGUGGCCAGGUGCAUCACAUAAUCGAUUCGAGCACUGUCUAGGCGUUGCAUAUUUGGCCCGCAAGCUUGCAGAGCAUUUGCAAAAGACGCAGCCCUCUCUUGGAAUCACUAACCGGCACAUACUUUGUGUCGAGCUUGCUGGACUCUGCCAUGACUUGGGCCAUGGCCCUUGGAGCCACGUAUGGGAUGGGAUGUUCAUACCCAAGGCAACGAAUGGCAAGAAGAAAUGGAAGCACGAGGAUGCUUCUGAGAUGAUGUUUGACGAUAUGGUCAACAAGUAUAAUCUGGAUAUCAGUCCGGACGAAGUUAUCCUCGUCAAAGCCCUUAUCGCAGGGGAUGUGACGAGAUGCGAGUUAGGCACGACAAUGCCAUUCUUGUUCGAGAUCGUUGCGAAUAAGAGGAAUGGAAUCGAUGUCGACAAGUUUGACUACAUCGCACGUGACGCUCAUGCUAUUGGCGACAGGAACAACUUGUCACUCACUCGUCUCAUUCACUCAGCGCGCGUUAUCAAACACGAAAUCUGCUUCGACAUCAAGGAUGCGAACCAGAUCUACGAACUUUGCUAUACCCGAUUCAGCCUGCACAAACGCAUAUAUAAUCAUAAAACAGCGAAGGCCAUUGAAUAUAUGAUUAUCGACGCGCUCUUGGCAGCUGAACACCACAUGAAGAUUAUUGACUUGAUUGACAAGCCUGACAGGUAUCUUUUCCUGACAGACGAUGUCCUGACCCGGAUAGAAAUGUCCACUGAGGAUACCCUUCAAGAAGCCCGGGACAUUAUUGAACGCAUACGUGUUCGUAAUCUCUACAAAGUCGUGGACUACAAGGUGUAUCCCUGGGACUACAGGGAACGAUGUCGCAAGAACAUCACACCAGAACGGAUUGUAGAAGCGGCACGCAAAGUAGCGUCUGGCUCUGACAACACACUUGUUGGAGAGCUCAGUCCAUCCCACGUGAUAGUGAACCUGUCGCCCCUCCAUUAUGGUAUGGAGGAUAAAAAUCCAUUGGAGUUCGUUCGCUUUUACUCUAAGCAUAGUCCCAUGGUUGCACACCCAGGCAGUCGAGAUACGAUAUCAUCGUUAAUGCCAGAUUCCUUCGGUGAAGUUCUCUUGCGAAUCUUCACGAAGGAGGCACGCUUCUUCGGCAUUAUCCAGCGUGCAUAUAGGGAGUUAGUGCAGACGGCCUUCAACGAAACAGAAGACAUAUGGUUUCCGGAGCCCUCGGGUGUUCUCACUCCCACACCCGAGCCGCCCUCCACUCCUCGUCAAAACAAACGGACAUUCUCUCGCAAUCUCAGUCUCGGGUCUCUAUCUGAAAGGGAUCUUGCUCGUCCAAACCCAUUUACAGAUGCACAGAACUCUCCCCUUAUCCUCAACAUUGAUAACAGGAAGAGGCAGAGAAACGAAAUUGGACAUGAGGGCAGUCCGCCCCACAAGAGGAAAGCGAUGUGAUCGGAUUUGCAUUCAUUCGUGUGGACAAACUUUAAGAUGGUCGCUUAUGAUACGCUCUUCAUAAUCUCCCAUAUUCUCGCGGUAUCCUUGAUGCUUCUUUUGUUUUUGAUGGCUCGGUCUUAGGGAACGCGCCUCGUUACUAGUUACUUAUUAUAAUCACUCACUAAAACCUUUUCAUUUUGUGUGCGGC